CCGACCAUGGCACACAGUCUCUCCCCGAAAUGCACACCUCUCAAGCACAAAUACGACGCCUGCUUCAACGCGUGGUUCGAGGGCUACCUCGAGCGCGCUGUCUCGUCCGCCACCGCGCCGUCCGAGGAGCGCCAGGCGUCCUCACGGCGCAAGGCGGGGGAGUAUGAAGCUAGCUGCUGGAAGAUUUGGACGAGCUACUGGGAGUAUGUGCAGGUGCCUCUCUUAAGCUUUGGUAGCGGGCGG